AGGGACGUGCGCUUAUGAGGCGCGGCCGCGGAGCACUGCUGUUGCCCGGACGAUGGCUGGGACGGCGCUCAAGAGGCUGAUGGCCGAGUACAAACAAUUAACACUGAAUCCUCCGGAAGGAAUUGUGGCAGGCCCUAUGAACGAAGAAAAUUUUUUUGAGUGGGAGGCCUUGAUCAUGGGCCCAGAAGAUACCUGUUUUGAGUUUGGUGUUUUUCCUGCCAUCCUGAGUUUUCCACUUGAUUAUCCCUUAAGUCCCCCAAAGAUGAGAUUUACCUGUGAGAUGUUUCAUCCCAACAUCUACCCGGAUGGGAGGGUCUGCAUCUCCAUCUUGCACGCCCCCGGCGACGACCCCAUGGGCUACGAGAGCAGCGCUGAGAGGUGGAGCCCCGUGCAAAGUGUGGAGAAGAUCCUGCUGUCGGUGGUUAGCAUGCUGGCAGAGCCCAAUGACGAGAGCGGCGCCAACGUGGAUGCGUCCAAGAUGUGGCGGGAUGACCGCGAGCAGUUUUACAAGAUCGCCAAGCAGAUCGUACAGAAGUCUCUGGGUCUCUGAACGCCACUGGACACGCGUGCACACACGAGGGGGCCUCUGCGUGCAUGCGUGCACGCGCAUGGACACCACCACCAGGCCGGCUCCUUGCUCCUCCUCGAGAGACCAUGACAGUGACACUGCUAGCACCAAAAAGGCAAACUUGUAGAACCGCCGCAUCCGCUGUGUUCCCACCACUCCCGCCCCACACGGGCUGCUCUCCUGAGAGGGCGGCAUAGGUAGGAAAAUGGCAGCUCACUGCCACGGCAAAGUAUUUCACUCACCGGAGGGCAGGCUGUCGGCACCGCCUCUACCCCCUCCCCGCAAACUCCACUGCCCCCCAGAGCUCAGGAGCCCCUGCCCUCGUGCCACGUGGAGGGUUCGGACAUGCCAAAUUCUCAGUGGAUUAGACUCCACAGUACUCCUUCCAAAGAAAUGUCCCUGCGGCAGAGACAGAGGGAGGGCCUGCCCACCCCAUGGGGAACACAGGGCGCUGGCUUUGUUACUACGUAGUGUACCAGCAAGCGCUUUCCCUCCAAGCGAAGUCAACCCUGGUGUGUAUUACGAACUGGCACACAGAAUCCUCUUGGGAAAUACAUACCUUCUCACAUGUGUGUCGAUGGCAACUUGGGAACAUAGAAAUCUCUUGCUGUCCCUCAGGACCAGCAGCUCCUUUCUGCCUUGACUGCUGUCUCGGAUUCCCGAGACCUGCCCAAGCCACCCCGCUGAGAUGGCCCUCACCUACCCCCUGGGCGGGUGUGCGCUUCACACCUGUGGUCUGGGCUUUGGUUGUCAUCCGAGUGGAUGGAGCACAGCAGUGGGCUCUGCCAUCGUGGAAGUGGCCCAGGGUCCUAGGCGCUGGGUGCCACUCCCCAUAUGGACAGCAGGGCUGCGGCUCCGCUUUCUUCGCCCCGCACUCAGCAAUAACGGCCCAUGGCCCGCAGCACUUGGGCUCAGCGUGCCGCCCAGGCUGUGUGCAGUGGGAGUUUCUACUUUGGAGCAAACAAGGGCUUCCCUUGGCCUCUCCCUCGCUGGACCGAGUGGUCUGUUUAACUGACCCCACACACUCAGCUUCAUGGUGUUCACAUCACAGCUAAAGGGGCCCCUAUGGGCUUCUGUGGAAACCAGAUCACUUCUUCUCUUCUCAGCAGGGCCCUGUUGGAAAGUGGAAGUUCAGCACGGCCUGUGGAAGGGGAGGGAGGGAGAGGUGCUCUGAGACAGAGCAGUCUUGGAGCGCAGCAGCAGGCGUGCUCAUCUACCCAUGGGGCAGGGGGUGUGGGAGCUCAUGGGCAGGGCCUCCACAGGGUGCCCACCAGGCUUCAGGCUAUCUUGGCAGGAGAGCAGCCAUCUCCGUGAAAGACAAAGUAUUUUUUUUCAUUUGUAUUUAUUACAUGGAGAGGGAAGAAUUCCAAAUCCCAUGCUGUCCUUAUUCUGAGUGGUGGAAUUUAAUGACAAUGUAAAACAAUAAAGCUCUUUUCCCUGUUCUGGA